AUGGCGGAGCCUGCAAAGAUUCUUUCGCUGUCCUCAUCUCUAUCUGCCGCCCCCCACUUCCUCAAAGCCUCCACCUCUUCACAUUUACGCGAACCAUAUGUUCGUUCCAGGGAGAACCCAUAUUUCAGAGGUCUCCUCAGAGCUGACUCCAUAAUUAAUCAAGCUCCGGCUCCAGCGCCGGUAUUUCCCGGGACUCCGGACAGUGGCAAGAUUUUGCAGCCCACAUCAGGCAUCAUCACCAACCCAGAACAAAAGAAACUAGAAUUAGAUAUAUUAGAACAGUCUAUGGAGUCACCAUUAAUGGAAGAUUCAGCCUCUGAUAUUAUCCUGGAAGCUUUUACACCGCCUUCCACUAAAUCUUUGUCAAAGAUUUCCAAAUCAACUUCAUUUCCAUUCAGAAUUAAUCAGUCAGAAUCAAGCGUUGAUUUUGGGGAUCUGAAGAAUUCAGUGAAGGCUUCAAGCCCCACGAUUUCGGAAACAACUGGGAAGUAUAGUUUUUCUCCGGAGUUGAUGACACCAACAUUUGUAAAAUCAUAUAGCGUGAACAGAACAAAACCAAACCUGUCAAAGAUUCCUCUUCCUCAAUCUGCAGCUUCUUUCUAUAAUGGGUUUUCGCCAAGAGUGGAAAUCGUGGAGUCCUGUGAAAGUAUCAAGAGGCUUAAUGCAUAUUUGAAGGCAAGAAAGAAAGAUGUCAGAGAUGGUGUCCCUGGAAAAUUUUUACGUGCUGUGAUUGCGCAAGAUGUUUCUGAUGUUGGUGCUGUUGCUGCAACUCUUAUGUAUGCAUUCUACUUAAGUUUAUUCAGUGAAAAUGACAUUUUCUGCACAGUGCCUGUCAUCAACAUGAAGAGACUAGACCUGAAUUCUCAGGCUGAGAUUAAAUGGAUAUUGGACUCAUGCCAAAUACACGAGUCAUCACUGAUAUUUAUCGAUGAGAUUGAUCUAUCAUAUUAUGAUCUGUUUGGAAGUCUUAAAGUUGUUCUAAUAAAUGGCCACAAGCUUCCAGCAAAACAAGAGGCACUUAAAGAGGCAAUUGUUGAAAUCUUCAACUGUAGAAAGGGUGAAACUGUUUAUGCUUGGGUUGAGACUGUCACUGUGGAGCAGGAUUGUUCAUGUUGCACUCUAGUUGCUGAAAUGUUUGCAAUGACUUCACCUGAGAUUCUGGCAGGGAAAGCAUUCAGUAGACUUCUGCUCGCCGGCAUACUUUUAGAGACUGCCAACCUAACAAACGCUCUUUGCACCUCCAAAGAUCAAUAUAUUGCCACACUGUUACUCAAUGGAGCCGGCCGUUUUGGCUGCAGUGGUCUUUAUCAAAUACUGAGAUACUUAAUGCACGAUGUGUCUGGUCUCAAAGUAUCGGAUAUUUUGCGAAAGGACUUCAAAAAAUGGUCAAGAAUUGGGAAAUUGGACGAGGUUGCUUCGAAAUCAAUGGUUUCACAUAUUGGGAUGAGUUCUAUAGGAAUUUCAGUUCAGCAGCUUCUUUCUCAUGACGAUGCUUCAACUCAAGAGAUCAAAUAUUUCCAGCAACUAGAGAAGGUUCAGUUACUCAUGAUCGUUUCCGGGUACUAUGAUCAACAAAAGAACUUCAAGAGAGAAAUUCUGGUUUUGGCUGAAUCCGUGGAGCUCAUGAGGAGCUUACUCUCCUUCUUCAAUUCAAAUGCCUCACAGCUGCCACUAAAAGUUCUACAGAUUCCAGGCCUUAGAGAGGAGAUGAAGGCAUUCGAGAUCGACAAAGUUACAUCGAGGAAGACCAUUGAACGACUGCUCGAAGAAUUCAAUGGCACAUCAAAACCUAAUGCUGGUUAAUCCUGAACACACUGACAACAAAUCAAGAAAAAACUAUGAAAAAAGAAAUCUGUGUGUAUAUUUGUAAUACAUGAGCAAAGUUUGAAAACCAUAACU